GACACGAACCUGCACAACCAUAACUUCCAAUAAGGCAGUUUCUUUCCUUCUUCCUCUUGUUAUUAUUAACUUUUCUUUCUCUUUAUCUUUCUCAUUCGCUCACUCGAUUCAUCUCAAAAUGGAGAAUUCCGUGUUUAACAAAAAAUCACAAGUUCAUCACAAUCCAAUUUCCUCCUCCUACACCUAUUCCUGCUCUUCUCAGAGGGAUGUCCACUACAGUUGUGGCACUUGUGGGUAUGAGCUUAACCUAUCAUCCUCUAACCGGAGCAUAUCCUCCAUCGGUUCAAAAUAUGGGAAAUCCAUAAGGCGAGGUAUUAUAUCAUUCUUCAACGUUGAUGACAGCAGAUUCACCCGUGCUGAUGAAAUUGAAUGUGCGCCAUUUUUUUCUAAGCACUCGUGGGGUUUGUUCCGCAAAAAAACCAAGCUUCUCUGUCGCAAAUGUUGCAACCAUGUUGGAUAUUCCUACAAUGAUCACACUUCAUCGUCUUUUCCCCUCCUUUCAAACGGAGCCCAACCAUCACCUGCCACCGAAGCCUCAACUCGAAUGAAAUAUGACAUUCGCAUUCGUGCCUUGCAACCUUCAUCUCAAGAAUAUGGAAUCACCGUGUCAGCUUGACAUUUUAAUUACCUAGCAAAAAUUGUUCCAUUCCUUACCACAUAGUAAUAAUGAUCACUGACUACAAGAAGUUUGUGAUUUUUUUUUUCUUUUUAAGGUGUGAACUCAUUAUUCAUAUACGUAAAGUUCUGUCUUUGCCCUGUUCCAGUGUGUUUGUAUAUAAAAGUUGUAGCUGUUGGAUUUUGGAAUGUGAAAUUCAAUUGGAAAAAACUGAGACAUAGCAUCAAUUGGUGUGAUACCUGGUAAAUCAGAAGUUAUUAUCUAA